UUCAGCAUUAACCUCAGCACCUGGAUCUUUCUAAAUGAAUGUGAGGGUGCGACAGAGAAAGCUCAGCUUUAUUUAACACUGUCAUGUGUUAUCCAAUGGGGUCGACUGCUGGACUGGACUCUGACCUGCCCAGCGGCAGGCAUGUGAUCUCCCUCAGUCUGUAAAAUGAAGGAAGAGUUGAAGGAGACCUCACGCUGCCACUAAACUCUAUAUAAGAUGACAGAAACUCAUAUUCAGGGCCUCCAGACACUGCAGAAGCUUGCAUGACAAUCAGUAAAGUUGAACCAUCUGAGGAGAUUGCGUGUUCUUCACCCAAAGUGUCUCCAGGCUGCCUUUGACUGACCGGGCUGCAGUAUGGCUCUGCACAUCCACAUGCUGGCCUGCGCCUUUGGCUUGGGCUCCUGGGUGGCUGUGAAUGGCCUGUGGGUGGAACUGCCCCUCAUUGUCAACGCGCUGCCUGAGGGCUGGGAGCUUCCCUCCUACCUGACCGUCAUCAUCCAGCUGGCGAACCUGGGACCUCUGCUUGUGACUCUCAUGCACAAGCUGUGCCCGGGCCGCCUGAAAGAGCGCUUCGUCAUCUACUUCAUCCUCUCCAUCGGUGUCCUGUCGUGCCUCCUGCUUGCUUUCUUCUGGGACAGGACUACAAUUGUGGCCGGGGUGCCACAUAGCACGGCCUUCUUCAUCAUAACGUUCUUCCUCUCUCUGGUCGAUUGCACUUCCUCUGUUACCUUCCUGCCUUUCAUGAUGCAGCUUCCAGCAAAGUACAUCACCACGUACUUCAUCGGAGAAGGACUAAGCGGAUUCAUUCCUGGCCUGGUGGCCCUUGGACAAGGUGUUGGCAUGGCCAGAUGUGUCAACUCCUCCCAGACCGGAAACCACACAGGCUAUGGGAAGUUACACACAGAGUAUCUUCCUCCCAACUUUUCCACUGAGUUUUUUUUCUUCUUCCUAACAGCCAUGAUGUGCAUAAGUCUGGCUGCCUUUUGCGCACUAAACAGACUUCCUCGGACAUUCACGCUGUCCACAGAGGACCUUGUACCAGACACUGUGGCAUCUGUCUGCUCUGGCCUGGAUAACCCUGCAUUAGAGACUGAUGGAGAGGAUGUGAAAUCCCAGGCUGAGCGGUCAGGCCACAGCAAGCCUCUACUGGCUGCACGAACACACUCUGUGUACCAGCUGACCUUCAUCUACUUUCUGGUGGUGUGGGUCAACGCUGCCACCAACGGCCUGCUGCCCUCUGUGCAGACGUACUCCUGUAUGCCCUACGGGAACCUGGCCUACCACCUCUCCGCUGCUCUGUCAUCAAUGGCCAACCCAGUGGCUUGCAUCAUCGCAAUGUUUUUCCCAUACAGGUCACUGGUCUUCCUUGGUGUGCUGGGUCUGCUGGGGACAGGAUUUGGCAGCUACAACAUGGCCAUGGCGGCUCUGAGUCCAUGUCCUCUGCUUCAGCACUCUGCAGCCGGAGAGGCGAUCAUUGUGCUUUCGUGGGUCUUGUUCACUGGAAGCCUGACUUAUGUGAAGGUGAUGGUGGGGGUCAUCCUGAGAGACCGCAGCCACAGCGCCCUGGUCUGGUGUGGAGUUGCACAGCAGAUGGGCUCCCUGGUCGGGUCAGUCACCAUGUUCCCACUGGUCAAUGUCUACCAGCUGUUUAAAUCAGGGGACUUCUGCAACACUAAAUGUCCCUUAUGAUAAUUCAGCGCUGCAUGGACGACAGCAUCGCCAGCUGAACCUCUUGAGACAGGACUCUUCAGUUAAAGUUUUUUUUUUUUCUGCUGGAUCAGGAUGCUGCACUCCUUAUUCCUCUAAAGGGAAUCACUUUUUCAUUUUCUUCUGUUUGUGGUUUUAAGAAUUUUAACCAUGUGCACUGUUUGUAUGUAUCAGAAUGAGGUCAAAGUCAUUUGAUACACUAUAAUGGGAAUUUACUUUAUGAUAUUAACCAAUCAUCAUUAUAACAUUGUAAAGAUAUUAAAUAGGAAAUCUGGUCAAUGUUAGGCCAGCCUUUUUUUUUCUUCCAUUUUUCUUUGUCAGUAUUGCAUUUGCCAUUCAGACUGUUGUUAUGUAUUUCUUCACUAGAUGGCGCAAGUACACUUUUGUAUAAUAAAAGCCACUUCCCUACACUCUCCAGGCACUCAGUGGCCACAAAACCUUGCAGCACAAGGAAUACAUUAUGA